AUGUAUGAGCUACAGUAUCAGGCCCUCCAUGAUAUCUGGACACGUCGAGAAAUAAUUAAGAAACGUGAGGUAGAAAUAUACUUUUUAAAUGGAUGGAAACUACACAAAGGACCGUGUUACAAUUGUACAGAGAGCGAUGAGGGUCAAGACGUCACAGCUCGGAGAAAAAAAUACAUACAGGAUUACAGUAGCCCCGAGGCAUUUGGUUCAUAUGGUUUCGAACCUGAAGUUUUAACUGCGAACGUCAAACCGACAAAUAUCACAAUGGAAGUAAACAAUAACGUGAGGGAUGUGGUGUUGAUGGUCAACAGUCACGAGUACUGGGAAAUGGAGAGCUCGAAGAUAACACUGGACGUAAAUCUAGCAACAACGGACUCUAACAAAUUUGACAUAACCGUUAAUAGUACACCUGAUGACACGAUGACAAAGAUACCUUCAUUAAACACAUCAUUUUUGCAAGUUAAGGUUGAUACAAAUAAUCGUACAGAUACAGAGAAACCAAACAACAGUCCAGUGGUUCUUGUAAAGCCCUUCUACAGUUUAGAACAUGAAAAGGACUACCAUCUUUACAUCCCAGUAAUCGACAAUGAUUGCGACCAAACUCGAUGUUUCAUUUCGUCAUACAUUGAAGCAGGUGGCUUAUUCCUCUUUGUAAAAGACUUAACAGAUGCUAAUUUUUUAUCUAUGGAUGAAAAGGAUUGCAUAUUAACCAUCAAAGUAAGAAGUCUAAAAUUUCAAAUUGGAGACACUUUUGGAAUACCUGUCACCGUUAAAGAUUACGUAACGAAUGACGUCAUCGCCGGACCUUCAACUAAAUAUGCAUACAAAAGUUUAAUGGGGCGUGUGACUGUUUUGAUGUUUUUCAAAGUGACAGACGCAACUCAUCCUCCACAAUUUGUCGCACCGACUCCGCCCAACAACCAGGAGUAUACUAUCUAUGUCGGUGGAGAUUUUCAUGUCAAUGUUUACGCAAGGCCUACUCCAAUGGACAGACACAUAACAAAGUUCAACUUCCUGAGAAGAGAUGGUAAACCUGUGAACCAGACAAGGCACAUAGCUUCCUUUGAUCAGAAGGUGGCCUAUAUCUCCAUGAGCUGGUCUCCAAACAAUGAUGAUCUAGGACAUCACAUAGUUUGCGCUAAUGCUGAGGACAGUGCAGGGAUAAGUACAGUUGAACUUCACUGCUUUAGAAUUGAAGUGAAAGUAAAUGUUCUAAGACCAAAUCCAGCAAACCAGGGGAAGCCAUACUAUGCCUCGUUUCCAGAGCCGAAGGACAUAGUUUGCCAAGCCAAAACGUAUUGUAGAUUUCCAGUGUAUGCAGCAACCCCCAACCCAGGGAAAAGUGUUACAACUAUUGUAAGUACAUCAGAGAGUAAAGAAAAUGUAACAAUUGAAUACAGCCAUGCCAUUAUCAAUGGAUCUCUACCUACGACGGUAGCACAGGUGGAAUUCAUUGCUAGUAAAACUGGCCUUCGACAAAUAUGUUUAAACGCCUCGGAUGACUUGGCAUGGACGGUGCGAUGUCUUUUUGUGACAGUUGAAAAACCGGAUCCAUGUGCUUCACAACCAUGUCAACAUGCGGGAUUAUGCUCGCCAUAUACUGAUAAUUCUGGGUUCCAGUGUCACUGCAUUGGAGUCUUUGAAGGUCCGGUCUGUGAAAAAGUCAUUAACCAAUGCAAUAGGAAGAACCCUUGUUUAAAUACUACAUGUAAAGAAUUUGAAUCAGAUCCAUAUUACAUGUGUGGGGAUUGUCCGCACGGCAAACACGGUUUCAAUUGUGAUAUUGAUACAGAUAUUUGUCAUCCUAGUCCUUGUAAUGACAAUGAAAUCUGCCAUCAGAUCGGGGAUCAUUAUGAAUGUCUACAAGGAAUUUCUAGCGAGGUUUGUCAUUCAGGAUGUUUCAAAAAUGAAAGUACUGUGUGUGUACAGCAUAAAUGCAUCUGUGCACUUGGACUGCAAGACGAUGCCGUCUGUAAAACUGAAAGUCGUUCGCCUUUAAGUGGCCAAGAUGUCCCGCAUUUCGUUAAACCAACACCAGGAAUAGGAUCUGUUAUUGCAUGCGACUUUACUAAAACCAAGUGUCAAUUUCCAGUUUACGUCUCUUCUAGCUCUAUGCCAAGUUUGUCAUCAUACAUUGACACCGCCAUUAGUUUUCGACGCCAGAUAAAUUUUUCAGCGCCUCUAAUAGAUCCUUCUUCUGGUGUUUAUCAGAUAAACGUGUUUAUUGAAAAGCAGCAUGAAUCUAUACCCAUAUCUAAUGAGUUUGACGUGUGUUUGAAUGUAGCCAAAUUAUCAACACAUCUAUCCAUAACGGACACAAGAUGUAUUCUAAUUGUUGAAAAAGCCAUACCAGGAAUAAACAGUGGAGAAAAACAGAUGUCAAAGUUGUACCCGGUCUGCUCAUUUUCUUCUCAAACACCUCCGCGAGGGACAGUGAUUGGCUGUGAAAAGGGACAACCUUGCCAUUUUUAUAUGUAUGCAGAAACAAAAUCAAACUGUCCAAAUUUGACAACGCAUGAUAGACUGACUGGUGUAUUCGCCCCUCUACUGAAGUCUGGGAUAUGUCGGUACGAGAUAGUUUACACCAACACAUCUACGGUUGGACGCAAUGCAUUGUGUUUCAAGCUUUGUUCCAAAGGUGAAACACGUUGUUACCAAAUGCACACCCAUGACAAUGCUGAUAAAUGCUUAUCAAGUCCUUGUAUGAAUAACGGUUACUGCCAGAUUGGUCCUACGGGAAGCGUAAAAUGUCAUUGUCAAAAAGGAUACUGGGGCCGAUAUUGUGAGAAAGAUCAAAACCAAAACCAAACCGAUGAAAAGGGACAUUUUACAAGCCGACACAUAGAACUACUUAAAUGCUACAUCGAUGGACCAUGCUUCAUACCUUUUAGUCUUGUCAAAAAUACACUAUUGACACCUAUAGUAAAAGUCGGAAAUUCUGACAAAACGCUUGAGACCCAGUCGAUAGUUUUAGAUCCGGCCAUAAACCACGAAGAAAUAGUUCGUGGAACUCUUACUGUCGUUGGUCAUGAACUAGGAAUUCAGAGGAUGUGUUUGAAUUCUGUUUCCUCCUCAAGUAACGCGAAAAUAGAAGACGAAAUCUGCUUCCAUAUCAAUGUUACUGAAGGAAAGUAUACGGCCCCUCAAAGGCUAUACCCAUAUUUCGUACCACCUACUUUUUUGGACUCCACUGCUAUACAAUGUUUGGUCAAUGAACAUUGUUACCUGAAUUUAUGGGCAAAAAACAAAUUGGGAGAAAAUAAAUGUCCUAUUUUAAAGGCAGACAAAACUAUAGAUGAUGGUGUGUAUGUCUUUCCGUUAAAAGACAACGUUUCCCAGUCUUGUCAGUUUGAUGUGUCGAUAUUAAAAAACAACACAACUGAUUUUGAUUUAUGUUUCGUACUCUUUGCUGACACAUCUCAAGUAUAUAUUGAUCACAACUACCAAGACAAGCGCUGCUAUACCAUUCAUUUGCGACAAAAUGUAUCUGGUCAAAGUUCUUGUAUUGGAAUAGCAUGUCACAAUAACGGAUCCUGUGACGGAAGUUCCUCUGUUCCCCGAUGUUUUUGUCGGUCGGGAUUUUCCAGCAAUAAUUGUACGAAAGAUUCUGGGUUAGCACAAGCAAUUAAUAAUAAUACGGCUUUACAGCCGGGACCUCUGUUUGGAGACUUUGUUUUGCCAGAACUCAUUAGAUGCCAAGUUUUAGAAGACUGUGUGAUACCGUAUUCAGUUACAAAUUCAAACAGUUCGUGUGGGUAUCAUCUAUUUUGGACGGGAGCAAACUUUAGCAGUGUAUCUUUGGCCAAUUCUAGGAGACCAAGAUCAUUGGACUGCAGUGGGACAGCGACUAUUGUUCACAAUGUGACGGGGACGGACGAAUUCUGUUUAUCUUUGACUUCUGAUGACGGCCUCGUCUUGCAUGACAAAGUCUGCUGUAAUGUUUUGUCAGAACCAGAAACAUCCGAAGUUAACCCGUACAUUUAUCAGUCACACUUUAUCUCCCCCUCUCCAACCAAUGGAUCUGAGUUCAGCUGCACACCUGGACAGCCAUGUCAUGUGAUCCUAUCAACGAGUAGUCAAUAUAACCAAAACUGUCCUAAAGUAAGAGACAUGUCUUCAUCACCAGUACAUAUUUUUGACCUGCUCUCUGACACUGUGUGCCAGCAUGACAUUUUAAUUUUGUCAGAGAAAAAUACCACGGGAAAAAAUCAAUAUUGCUUUCAGACAGCAGUUUUAAGUAUUCCUGGGGAUACAAGGUGCAUCACAGUAAACUUUAAGCCUCACGAUUUACCAUCAACCACAGCCACAACAACACCUACUGUAAUAACCAAACCACCAUCUACAACAUCUACUGUGAAAAACACACCGCAAUCCAAAAGUACUCCUGCAAAAAACAAACCACCAAUCACAACAAUUGAUGGAAAAAGAAUAUCAACUCUUACGACCACCGAAGCAAAAGAAAUACCACCUAUUACGACCACUGAAGCAAAAGCAAUACUACCUAUUACGGCCACUGAAGCAAAAGGAAUACCACCUAUUACGACCACUGAAGCAAAAGGAAUACCACCUAUUACGACCAAUGACUCAAUUACCUUACUAACAUUUUCAACAAAUCCUUACAACACACUGAAACAUGGAUUGCCACAAACAACUCACACAUUUAUAGCAGGCUCAAACAGGACAAAAAAUACCGACAUAGGGACAAGUGAAACAAGUCACUGCGAUGUUACUAAAGUCAAGAAAAAGGCGACAAAAGGACGAGUAGAAUGCUACUGCAUUCAUCCAGACAGCGGAGUCGUUACCAAAGUUAUAGCUCUAAACCCACGUGUUUCCAUGGAGAAACUGUUGAUAGCGGCAGGGCUGGGAGCAGGAGCGAUGAUUUCAACCCUCGGGGUGGUGGCUUUCCUGUUUACUCUCACAAAGAGGUGUCGAAGUUCUCACAAAUCAAAACUGGAAGGAAAACAAAACAAGUAUUCCUAGCCUAACAGGAAAGAAAGAUUGAACAAAAGGACAUAUUUCUUUAUUAUUGGAUUAAAUGAAAAUUUCAAUUUCAUAAAGAGUGGUUAAAACUGAACGCUGUGUGUUAUUUCCAUUUUCAAAAUGUAAUGU